AUGUCUCGCCCCCUUUUUUUACUCUUCCAUGUCAGCUUGGAUGGGGGCGGGAAGAUUGAGCGAAGCCACGCGGUGACUCCUCCGCCGCAGUCUACGACCCUCCAAGAGGUGACGGAUCUCCUCCAGAUCGUAGAUUCCGACGGGAAGUCGACUGAGUUUGACCAUUUGAAUCGGGAGCUUGAAGACGUGGGUCAACAAAUGUCCGAUUUGGGCAUUGAAACAGAUUCCGACGAGUGCGAUGACGAGGAGGACGACGACGUGACCGUGCUGACCGAGGAUGAGUCUCAUUACAUCACCACGCACGCUAUCCGGCUCUCGGAGCUGUCCGACGGUCACGACGGCGACUCGGACCCGGGUGCCGGCUCCUCCUCCUCGUCCACGUGGGACAUGGAGGACGGCCAGCAGGUGUUCUCCUUUGUGGAUUACGCCUCGUUCAACUGCAAUGGGGUGCUGAUGAUGAAGAGGGAGGGGGACGUGGCAAUCAGCAGUUUGCGUGAAAGUGAUCCGUCCUUGCAGUUUGCCGCUUGUGGCGAGGGUGGUGGACAGGUCCACCUGUCAAUCAAAACCACUUCCCGGGCUAUAAAUGACCCGAUCCAAGAAAAUGUUGUUUAUCAUGCCAAAGACGCCAGAGAUCCGAGCCCCUCGGCGGUGGGGGGAGUGGAUGUGAACUUUGAGGGGCUGCGUGAUAGGGCAAAAGGUGUCAUUCCCCCACCAGGCGGCAAAUUGCAGGCAAAGGAAAGCGCCGAGUAUUCCAGUUGUGCUUCUAGUGAGCUGGACGACGCUGACAAAGAGGUGCGCAACCUGACGGCCAGAACGUUCAAGAGCCUGGCUUAUCCUUACUUGGAUGCCAUCAACUUCAGCACCUCCAGUGAGUCUUCCACAUCUGAACGCGGGAUCAACAGAUGGUCUACGUUUGUAGACCUGAAGUACUCCAAUGUGAGCCAGAGUCUUGUUUCCCAGCCGACAGCUGAAAGGGGGGAAAAUAGCACAGAUUUUGCCGAGCAGCUGAAUGGGAAUGGAGCUCCUCAUAGUAGGUCGUCUACGAAGAAAAUAGAAUUAAUGAGGAAAUUUGGUCAAGGGCACAGCGGGGUGAUACGGCUCACAGAGACCCUGAAUUUUCGCUGCAACGUAAAAUCGGGCAUGUCCGCCGGAGAAGGGCGCACUAGCGUUGCUCCAAACCCCAUGGGAGCGGGAUCACGUUCCACGGAUGAAGUUACCGCAAACAGUUUGCAGGGUGGCAGAGGCAGAGGGGCCACUGCUAAGUCGAAAAGCAUGGAGGGCAGCCACAAGAAAGCCAUCUUCGCGUCCAGCGUGAUUCAAAAUGUGCUUUCCAAAAAGAUGCAGUUUGAGCAAGAGCGCCGGAUGGAAAGGGGGGAGAUGAGGGAACCCCACCACAAGGGGGACAGCCACAGGGGCAAGGGGAUGCAAAGACAGAGUUCCAAACUCUCUGAGAGCAACUCUGACAGCACGGAGGACUUGGCCGACAUGAUGGACUGCGGCUCGAGACGCGACUCUCUGGUGCAAGACGCUCAUUCUGAGGUGCCGGCUAAAGUAAUGGAUGCUAAAAGGGUUGCGAUGGAAGCAUCCAAGGGGACUUUGCUUCACAGCCAAAAUAGCGCCUUCAGAUGCUGGAGGAAUGACGAGCUACAGUUUCCGCAGGAUCAUAAAAACCAUAAAAUCCCAGAAGAGACGCCACCUUCAGAGGGAAUGGGAGAUUGGUACUCGGCGAGCGGAAGCAAACUGACUAAAAUGUCACAUUUAUUUGUGCCAAACAUCCAAUGCGUAGCCAGUGACGCAGAGCUUGAGAGGGGUCUCGGAUCUGACCACACUUUAAACACGACAGACACCAGGAAUGUUGCUGCGUCCAAAUCUCCGGAAAUUAAAAUUAAUCUCCAGAGCUGUAACGCGGCCAGUUUGAUCAGAAACGAUGACUCCAAAGGCCAGGGGGUCUUGGCUGGAGCUUUGAAGGGUGAGUCCUCGGAUAAAGUGCCACAUUUUAUGGUGCGAGACAUUCGAGAAGGUAAAGGGAAGCUGCAGACGCCCAUACACCAAGUUAGAGAUGUGCGUAAAUUGGUUAAAAGCUCCUAUCAUUUUGUUUCAUUGGAUCAUAAAUCCAAUUUUGCUACAGCUAACAGCCACCAAGACUGUCAAGGUCCUACAUCUGUUUCCCCCAUUGUGAUAAAAUGCCAGUCGGUGAAUACAAACAGCGCAAAAUCUGACUUAUCUGAAGAGAGAUCAUCUCCAGAGGGCACCAAAAGUUCAGCAAUACAAAAAUUGGCAGGGAAGGCGCCCCCAGGGAUCAUAGAUAAUCCCCUCGAGGAGAUGAGUUUAAGGAUCGAAAGCAGAUUGGCUUCGAAGAAAGAAAAAGUGCCCGAGGUUACCGACAAGCAACAAAUGUCGAACCAGGUGGCUUUGGAAAAGCUUCAGGCAGCAGUGAAAACAAUGGAGCAGCUUUAUGUGUUCGACAAAAACGAAUGGAAAAGGAAAAAUGAGCCACGGCCCAUGAUGGACAGCCACGUACUCUCAAUGAUUGCAAGUGAGGAGAACAGUGAGGAGGAAGCGCUCAGAGGCGAAAUAGUAAGAAGCGAGUCAUACCCCAGCUUGAACAAGACACCACCAGCAGCGGCAGCUGAGUGCUGGCUGAGGACUGCUGCCGACCCAGACGACCGCCUCAAAGCCAGAUUGACGGCCCCUCCUGUCAGUUCCAGCCUCAAGGCGUCUGCGGGGGUCACCGUGGGUGUGACCACGAAGACGCCGCAACUGAACGACCCUGGGCCUGUGUCUUGCAACGCCAAAACGUUCGCCCCGAAAUUACCAGUCUACCCGACAAAGACACACGGCGAGUCAAAAGAAAUUCUGGUCAUGGAGCAGAACUCUGAUCAUGAGGACUACCUAACAAUUCCGGUCAAGGCUCAGGGAAACGGAAGUGAAGAGGGUUCUUCUGCGUUUACCACCCGAUCCCAUCCAACCAAUCUUCCUUUGCACGUCCCUCCAUCAGGCACUAAAGGUCAGGAGGAGAAGUCCCAAAGAAGCCCCAACGCUGCUAUGGCAACCCACUCCCCCGAUGUACCCCCAGCGACCAUUUAUCACUCCAUACCCUUGGGAAUGUCCGCAAAUCAGCCGCAGGUGUAUUGUUUCUCCCCUGCGAUCACCCCCGCACCUCUGCUAGACCCGUUUCAGGCCACACAGAAGAAGAUGCUCCUGGAUCCCACCAGUGGAAGCUACUACCUGGUAGACACCCCUGUUCAACCAUCCACACGACGCCUUUUCGACCCCGAAACGGGCCACUUCGUCGAGGUACCCAUGCCCCAACCUCCCAUGACCCCCGUCCCCAUGCCGAUCUCCCCUUUGGCCCUGGGUCCUGCCGCAUACGGCCACACCUACAUGAUCUACCCUGGUUUCAUGACGUCGCCCCCACUGAUAUCAACCCGGACGCUGGUGCAGCCGCAGAUGCUGGUGGAGAGCGGGGAGAAGGCGGCGCCCCACCAACCCGAGGGCAUGUACAUGGAGACCCCCUUCUAUAUGACCACUGGGAAGGCGGCGGCGGGGACCUCCAAUGUGGUCAACGUCGCCAGACUGCAGCAAGGCCUUCCCGGAGGCAAGCAGCCGGUCAUCAGCAUCACGUCUCAGCAAGGGCCGCGGAUUAUUGCCCCGCCCUCAUUUGAUGGGACGACCAUGAGCUUUGUGGUUGAGCACAGGUGAAAAGGAACAGGCUGGAAGACGUGCACAGUCUCCCUUCUGGAACGGACUGCUUUAAUUUCACUGUCUCUUCUCUGUAUAGGAAUGAAUGUAUAGUGUUAUGUAUAGAUGUUUUCUAUGACUAUUAUUGUUUUUUCAGAGUGACGAUGCAAACGGAUGUAGGUUUAAUUGAAUGUUCAUAUGCAAAUGUGUUGCCUCAUAUGUAUUCGAUAUGGAACGUGGGAAGGGAAAUGCAAAUGGUAAGAGGGAGUGAGUGGCAUGUUUCACUUUUUGAUGGUAGGGAGAGAAGGGUUGCUUGAGAGCAGUGGUGAUGUUGAAAGAGGAAAAAAAGGUAAAGGAAAUGUGAGUCAAAUCCAUAUUUUUGUUUUCUCACUUUGUAGUUGCACGUCAGCAAUUGAUGACUUGUGUUCAUAUCUGGAACAGCGUUUCAAUAAAACUUUUUUUUUGCCCCC